GGUAACCACUGGCAUAAAAGUGUCAGGCAACUCAAAGAUAACCAUCAAUAUACACUAUAUUGCCAAAAGUAUUGGGACAACCCUCCAAAUCAUUGGAUUCAGGUGUUCCAAUCACAUCCAUGGCCACAGGUGUAUAAAAUCAAGCACCUAGGCAUGCAGACUGCUUCUACAAACAUUUGUGAAAGAAUGGGCCACUCUCAGGAGCUCAGUGAAUUCAAGUGUGGUACUGCGAUAUGUUGCCACCUGUGCAAUAAAUCCAUCCGUGAAAUUUCCUUGUUACUAAAUAUUCCAUAUGCAUAUAUUAUUCAGCUGUUAGUGGUAUUAUAACAAAGUGGAAGCACCUAGGAACAACAGCAACUCAGGCCACGUAAAAUGACAGAGCGGGGUCAGAGCAUGCUAUAGUGCACAAUGCGCAGAAGUCACCAAGGGUAAAUAAACCCCCAACUGUCUGCACAGUCAAUAGCUAAAGACCUCCAAACUUUGUGCGGCCUUCAGAUUAGCACAACAGUGCUUAGGGAACUUCAUGGAAUGGGUUUUCAUGGCCGAGUAGCUGCAUCCAAGCCUUAAUCACCAUGUACAAUGCAAAGCGCCAUAUGCAGUGGUGUAGCACACUGCCACUGGUCACCAGAGCAUUGGAGACGUGUUUUCUGGAGUGA